CACCCGGAACUACACGCAUUCUCAGCUCUUCUCCCUUGUGCGUGCGCGCUCCCGCUUGAGUUUCUCUCCAAACAGGUUGGACGGGGACACACCUGCGGCUCAGACACAGGAAGCUCUAUACUCUACAGCUCUAUACUCAGUCAACCGCGGACGGACGAGGACGAGGACACACAGGGAAACUUGUUCGACACUUUGCUGAGAAGUUUUUGCGUUGCUUUUGAAAAGUUCCAUCAUGAAGAUGCUGAUCGUGCUGGUGCUGGCGGCCAUGGCGGCGGGCGCCUCUGCUCAGGCCUGUACAUGUGAAACCAUGAAGUGGGCCACCUGCGAUGAUACUCCGUGCAAGUGUUACGUCUUGGUCGGCAAAGGCGAAAAACAAACUCUGGACUGCUCUGCAUUGGUCCCUAAGUGUUACCUGAUGAAGGCCGAGAGUUACCGAGCCAGUAAGGGCCUGGACACGCGUAGCGGGGGAGGAAAGCCAGUGGAGACGGCCUUCGUGGACAACGACGGCAUCUACGACCCGGAGUGUGAGAACGACGGCAAAUUCAAGGCCAAGCAGUGCAACAACACCGAGGAGUGCUGGUGCGUCAACAGCGCUGGCGUGCGGCGAAGUGACAAGGGAGACAAGAAUCUCAAGUGUGAAAAGCUGGUGGAGACCUACUGGGUUCGUCUUCAGCUGACUCACAAAGCGGUUACAAAACCAGUGAAUGCUGACAAGUUGAAAGUUGCCAUUGCGGACGCCAUUAACAAGCGUUACAAGAACUUCGACAAGAGCCUGGUGGACGAGAUCCAGUAUGACGCUGACGCCCGCCUGAUUGUGGUGGAUGUGAAGAAGGCGAAGAAAACUGCCAAGCCUGACCUGGCCCAGAUGGCCUACUACAUGGAGAAAGACGUGAAAGUGCUGCCACUGUUCAAGAACCAGGACAAGUUUGAGCCCAUGGUGGACGGCCAGAAGCUGGAGAUGGAGAACAUCCUGGUGUACUACGUGGACGAGGAGGCCCCGACCUUCACCAUGCAGCACCUGUCGGGCGGGAUCAUCGCCGUCAUCGUGGUGGUGGUGCUGGCUGUGGUUAUCGGCCUGCUGGUCCUGUUCUUUGUGAGAAGGCGUCAGAGCCAGCAGUACAACAAGACUCAGCAAAGAGAGAUGGACCCCAUGUAAUCACCUCGUUGCAGCGGCAGACUUAUGAAGAGUCAGCUUUGUACAUCAGCUUUUUGGAUGAACGUCCUUUGCGGUGGGGUUGUGCCCUUUUCACCAUUUUUACUUGAGGAGUGCAGAUGGAUCAACUUGCUGUUUGUCAAUGUCGUCGUUGGCAAUACCGGUAUCGCCAUUUAUUUAUAAAUUGUGUAAAGUGUUGAACUUGUCAUCCAAUCUACAUGCCAUAAAUAACUGUGCUUUUUAAAAAAUACACUUGGCACAUGCCACAUUUUUAAUGUUAGAACGUGUUGAUCGGUUUAAUUUCCAUAUCAUAGAUUGUACAGUUUCUUUUCUUACUAAUGUGUGUUUGAUGGAUUGUUUUUAAUAAAAUAUGUUUUAAAGACACUU